ACAUAGAGCAGAGCCCACACCCGAAACCUGCCGCAGGGGUAGGGAGGCACUGGGCGCCAUGGGCAGAGAAGGACAACGAAGGCCAGCAUGCCCAGCCUUCUUGUGCCGCUGCUGCUGCUCUGUGGCGUGGGGUCCCUCGGCUUCCCGGCAGCCACCCCGGGAGCCCAGGACCAGGACGUGCGGACGGUGCGGAACUACCUGCAGAAGUUCUACAACCUGAAGAUGGGAACCAGCAGAUCAGGAAGGCGGACGGACAGCGCUUUGGUGACUGAGAAGCUGAAGCAAAUGCAGGAAUUCUUCGGGCUGAAGGUGACCGGGAAGAUAGAUGCUGACACCCUGAGUGUGAUGAAAGAUCUUUGAGGGUCAAGCAGACAUCAUGAUAUCCUUUGUCUGGGGAGGUAAGCUCUUCUUGUCACCUGAACACACCUGACCUACAGGAUUGAAAACUACACCCCAGAUUUGCCAAGAGCAGACGUGGACAGUGCCAUUGAGCAAGCCUUUCGACUCUGGAGUAACGUCUCACCCCUGACCUUCACCAAGAUCUUUGAGGGUCAAGCAGACAUCAUGAUAUCCUUUGUCUGGGGAGAUCACGGGGACAACUCCCCCUUCGGCGGACCUGCAAACACUCUCGCUCAUGCGUUCCUACCAGGAGGAGGCAUUGGAGGAGAUGUUCAUUUCGAUGAAGAAAAAAGAUGGACCAGUGAUUUCAGAAAUUUCAACUUGUACUGCAUCGCAGCCCAUGAGGUGGGCCAUUCCCUUGGACUCGGGCACGAUAACGACAUUGGUUCCUUGAUGUUCCCCAGUUACAACAACUACAGGGACGUCCUGCUGUCUCCGAGGGACAUCAGUGCCAUCCAGGCCCUCUACGGACCUUCCAAAAAUCCCAUCCAGCCAAGAGAACUGCAAGUACCAAGAGCCUGUGACAGCAAGUUAACAUUUGACGCUGUAACCAAAAUUCGUGGAGAAUUAUUCUUUUUUAAAAACAGGUUCUUCCUGCGCACAAGUCCCUCCCACAAAACAGUGGAUCUCGAUGUCAUUGCUGACUUCUGGGAAUCGCUGUCCAGAGGGGUGGACGCGGCUUACAGCGUUGUUGACAGAGAUGAAGUCUUCUUUUUUAAAGAUAGUAAAUACUGGGCCUUCAAUGGGGAUCAGAUGGUGCGAGGCUACCCCAAGGACAUCUACCACUCCUUGGGCUUCCCGCAGAGUGUGAAGACCAUCGAUGCUGCUGUUCACGAGGAUGAAACUGGGAAGACGUACUUCUUUGUUGCCAAUAAGUAUUGGAGGUAUGAUGAAAACACACUGUCUAUGGAUACAGGUUUCCCCAAAGAGAUAGCUCAUGGGUUUCCUGGAAUUGGCAAACAAGUUGACGCUGUCUUCCAAGAGGGAGGAUUUUUCUAUUUCUUUCAUGGAAAAAAGCAGUACAAAUUUGAUCCUAAAACGAAGCAAAUUUUGACUCUCCUGAAAACCAACAGCUGGUUCAAUUGCAGAAAUAAAUGAUGAUUGACUACCAGAGAGAAUAAAAAGAAAAAAUUCUUCUAAAGAGCUCUGGGGGGGGGCGGUCUGAGAACCCAGCUACUUACUUUGUUUUCAUCUCGUGGCAAUACUGAGACACAGCCGUAGGAGUGCCGUCAUCGAACUUUACAUCAAAAACCAGGGAUGUACUGUCCUGUAUAGUGACUAACAUAAUGCAAUAAAAAAAUAUUAAAAAAAAAAAAAAGGAGUGCCGUCCUGUCUCACCUCCAUCUGGAGACAGUCUGUGUUAAUGACAGUGCGCUGUCUCACAGACUUCCACGAUUUAGCUCUAAGUGAGGGCUGAGGUCAUAGUUCAUCCUUAGGUUUACAUAGGGAAAAGUGUUUUGUCACUAUUCCAUGCUGUUUGAAGUGAUUAUACUUCUCAUAAUAACCGCGUUCUCAGAUACUCUGUCUCUAGGUUGGGCAAAUUCACAAUGCAAGUAUGCGGGAAGACAGGAUGUGCUUCCCAUGGCAUAUGCAUCACAUAGGGGAAGGGGCUGGUUAUUGACCCUCCUCUCCUCUUUUGAUUUCAAACUAAGCCUUGAGGUCAAAUAACGGAAGGUAUUGGGGUGCCUGGCUGGCUCAGUUGGUGGAACACACAACUCUUGAUCUUAGGGCUGUGAGUUCAAGCCCCACAUGGGGCACAGAGCUUACUUCUAAAAAAAUAAAGAGAAGAAAUAAAAAUGAGCAGCUUUUUAAAAAAAAUAAUGGUAACGGAAGGGAUUUAUUGAGCUUUGGCUACGGGUCUUGGCGGGAGCAGUGGGUUAAAACUUCUGUCUUCUUCUAGCUAACUUGGUAAAGUUAGGAGCUGAUCCCUGAAUAUUAGCAUGAUGGGUCUUGCCCCCCAGGGAGCUUCCCUACAGAACACCUGGGUUCCCGGUUACACGAUGCAGGUAUAAGUUUGCAGAGCCUCGCUGUGACUGCUGAGAGAGACUCAGUGUGAUGCACAUUGUCUUUUUUGCUCAUACAAAUUAUUUCUCAUAGGUUUUCUGAUGGAACGCUGUGGUUAAGAGUACCUGGAUUUUAUAGUGAAUGAUUUGUGUAAUGUGUGCUGUUGAGUAUUAUUAUUUUUUUCUGUUUACCGUGAUA